CCCUCCCGGGCGGGGACGCCGCUCUGGCUCGGACGGCCACGCAGGAAAAGGCAAAAUAAUCUUUUCGCUCCGAAUAACAUGUGUGGAAGUACUUGCUUUUGUUGAUCACCUGUACCCUGGCACAAGAGCUCCAGCUUAUUCAUUCUCUUCAAAUUCUGCUCUCAGAACAUGGGGGAAAACGACGAUGAAAAAUACAACCAAGCUGGCCAGGUAUUUGAAAACUUUGUACAAGCAUCAACAUGCAAGGGCACCAUUCAGGCCUUCAAUAUUCUCACUCGCCAACUUGAAUUAGAUCCUUUGGACAAUAGAAACUUUUACACCAAACUGAAAUCGAGAGUGACCACGUGGAAGGCCAAAGCUUUGUGGAACAAGCUUGAUAAAAGAGCAAGUCACAAAGAGUAUAAACGUGGAAAAUCUUGUAUGAACACUAAGUGUUUAAUUAUUGGAGGUGGCCCGUGUGGCCUGCGGACUGCCAUAGAGCUCGCCUUCCUGGGAGCCAAGGUGGUCGUGGUGGAGAAGAGGGACACCUUCUCCAGGAACAACGUGCUGCACCUCUGGCCCUUCACCAUCCACGACCUCCGGGGACUGGGAGCAAAGAAGUUCUAUGGGAAGUUCUGUGCGGGAUCUAUUGAUCACAUCAGUAUUCGACAGCUUCAGCUCAUCCUCUUCAAAGUUGCACUUAUCCUGGGAGUCGAAAUCCACGUGAACCUGGAAUUUGUGAAAGUCCUGGAGCCUCCUGAAGAUCAAGAAAACCAAAAGACAGGUUGGAGGGCUGAAUUUCUCCCCAUGGAUCACCCCUUGUCAGAGUAUGAAUUUGAUGUUAUCAUUGGUGCAGAUGGCCGCAGGAACACGUUGGAAGGCUUCAGGAGGAAGGAAUUUCGUGGAAAGCUGGCUAUUGCCAUCACUGCCAAUUUUAUAAACAGAAAUACAACUGCAGAAGCCAAGGUAGAAGAAAUUAGUGGGGUUGCUUUCAUCUUCAACCAGAAAUUCUUCCAGGACCUGAAAGAGGAAACGGGGAUUGACCUGGAGAAUAUUGUCUACUAUAAAGACAGCACGCAUUAUUUUGUGAUGACAGCAAAAAAGCAGAGUCUUCUGGACAAAGGAGUGAUUAUUAAUGACUCCAUUGAUACCGAGCUGCUGCUCUGUGGGGAAAAUGUGAACCAGAACAAUUUGCUGUCCUACGCCAGAGAAGCUGCUGACUUUGCAACCAACUACCAGCUGCCUUCCUUGGAUUUUGCAAUUAACCACUAUGGCCAACCAGAUGUAGCAAUGUUUGAUUUUACCUCCAUGUAUGCCUCUGAAAACGCUGCUCUGGUGAGAGAGAGGCACCGACACCAGCUCCUGGUGGCGCUUGUUGGAGAUAGCUUACUUGAGCCCUUCUGGCCGAUGGGCACUGGCUGUGCAAGAGGUUUCCUGGCUGCCUUUGACACGGCGUGGAUGGUGAGGAGCUGGGCACAGGGCAAGCCCCCGCUGGAGAUCCUGGCUGAACGAGAGAGCAUUUAUCGACUCUUGCCUCAGACGACCCCUGAAAACAUUAAUAAGAACUUUGAGCAGUACACCAUUGACCCGGGAACAAGAUACCCCAACUUGAACUCGAGCUGUGUUCGACCUCACCAGGUGAGACAAUUGUAUGUUACCAACGAGCUGCAGCAGUGUCCUCUUGAAAGAGUGAGCUCCAUCAGAAGAUCAGUGAACCUCACAAGACAAGAGUCAGAUAUUCGGCCUAACAAGCUUUUGACGUGGUGCCAGAAGCAGACAGAGGGAUACCGAAAUGUUCAUGUCACUGACCUGAGCACCUCCUGGAAGAGUGGCCUUGCUCUGUGUGCCAUCAUCCAUCGCUUCAGGCCUGACCUCAUAGACUUUGACUCCCUGAACGAGGAGGACGUGGUGAGGAACAACCAGCUGGCGUUCGACGUGGCCGAGCAGGAGUUCGGCAUCCCCCCGGUGACCACGGGCAAGGAGCUGGGCUGGGCUGGGGAGCCCGACAAGCUGAGCAUGGUGCUGUACCUGUCCAAGUUCUACGAGCUGUUCCGGGGCGCCCCUCUGCGCGCUGUGGAUGCUGAUGAGAAGCAAAAUGGAGAAAAUAAUGAUCUUGGAUCACCGAAAUCAUCGAAUUUCAUCUUUAAUAAUUAUAUCAAUUUAACUUUACCAAGAAAACGAGUACCAAAGGCUGAAGGGAAGACAGAAGAAAAUGAGACCAACAAAAGGCGUCGGAAAGGACUCUUGGGUGUCUUUGAGCAGACUUCAGGCUGUCCAAGCCAGGAGACAAACAAUGGGAAGGAACAGAGUGAUGGCAGAGAAGGAGUGAACCAGAACAAAGUCAAAUCAAUGGCAACUCAGCUGCUGGCAAAGUUUGAGGAGAACACUUCAAAUACAAUUCUGCGGAGACAGGAGCUGACGGAUAGAGCAGCCCUGCUCUCCUCUGACCCUCCUGCUAAUCCUGGCUUUGCUAAACCUGUGGAUGCAAGCCUUCUUCCACCUCAAGCCAAAAGGCAGUUUCAGGUGGUAGCUAGGAGUGAACACGAGGUCAGGGAACCCAAACAGUCUUUAAAUGGUUCUGAUCAAAUGGCCAGGAGAGCAAAGACUGUGCACAAAACAGAUCCCCAGCCCAGUCUGGCAGAAACCUCUGAAAAUCUCGCAUCUGCCUGUUCUGCUGCAUUUGUACUUUCUGGAGUGCUUGAGCGUCUUCAGCACCUGGAGGAAAAAAUGAAGCAGAAAAGAGCUCAGACCAUAGCAAAUAGGGAAUUCCAUAAAAAGAACAUUAAAGAGAAAGCAGCACAUCUCGCCUCAAUGUUUGGAUACGUGGAGUUUCCAAAGAAUAAGCUACCUACUAAAGGCUUACCCCAUUCUCAGCCCCCAACUCCCUCUUGCCCUCCAGCUCAUCAUUCAGCUGCUGCUGCUUCAUCAUCUGUUGGUUCUGCUUCCUCUGCUGUUUCUUCUCAACAGACGACUGUAGGAAAGGUCUCACGGGCAAUUGGAGCUGUGGCUGAAGUUCUUGUAAAUCUGUAUGUGAAUGAUCACAGGCCCAAGCCACAGCUUGAACUGAAGCGGUCUCUGGACAGAGCUGCAGGUUCUUGCCCCGUUCCUCACUCUCCCUCUGCUGCCUCCACUGCUCAGAGCUGUCAGGGUUCUCUGCGAAAGGAAUUCCCCAAGUCCAUCGGGGGGAGUGACAUCUGCUAUUUCUGCAAGAAGCGGGUCUAUGUGAUGGAGCGGCUGAGUGCAGAGGGCCACUUCUUCCACAGGGAGUGCUUCAAGUGUGAAAUGUGUUCCACAACACUCCGCUUAGGAAUUUAUGCCUUUGAUGUUGAAGAAGGUAAAUUUUACUGUAAACCUCAUUUUACCCACUGCAAAAUCAGUACGAAACACAGAAAGAGAAGGGCAACAAUCCAGAUCCAUGGAAAGGAGGCGAUUGACACGUGGAAGAAGGUGGAAGCCAGGCCCACAGAGAUCAGCACAGAAAGCACUUUGUCCACUGCUAGCAGCCCAGAGGACAGGUCCCCAGCUGGUGGCAGAAAGGUGAAAUUCCAUUAUCUGGAGCAGCAGAUGAGUAGAUUUAAUUUCUUCUGGGUGUCCCUCAGCAAGGUUUAAUCUGUUCAACAGCAAGGACACAGUGACAUCCCAGUGCUCCUUACUUUCAGCCUAGCUAGCCAGCCAGGUAAGCAUGCUCCCUGCCUUCCAAGCACUUAUUUAUGUUCAGAAGUUUACCAGGAAAUAGGUAAAUCCUUAGACAUGGCAGUAUGUGUAGCCUAAAAUGAAAAGCAUUUCUUUGGAGCCAGAAGGAUGUGGCAUAAACAAUAGGAAAUACUGUUGUGUUCAGUUAGCACCAAAAUCGAGAUCACCUGCCAGUGCUCUCAAAUGAUUGCUGCUGCCUGUGGGCUGGCAGCUCUUGGGCUUUGUUCUUUUGUUUUUUGUUUUAAUAUCAUGUGGGAAAAAGAUUAUUUGAAUUGUUUUGCCUCUUAGGUGUGAAAAGGAAAUGUUUCUGCUGUUUAAAAUAAAUGACAAACUGGAUCUUUCUUCUAGCUAGUUUGACUUUCUUUAAACUAUGAGGAUGAGCUUUUCACAUUUUAGAGUGGUUAUGUAUUUUGGGGAAAUUUUGUUAUUUUUUCUGCACAGAACUUGAAAAAGUGCUUGAAGAAAAUUUCUAGAUGUAAGGCAGCAUUCCUUUGACAUAACUUGCCAUUAAUACUCAACCAUGUGUUCAGCCAAACUUUGCUGCAAGAUUGAGUGGACACAGCAAUAAUUCCAGUUCCAUGGUGGCCAUCUGUGUAUGUGUCAUGUAUCUGUACCCUUCUUACAGCAUUUUAAAAAAACCCACUUGGAAACAUUGUAUUAUUUUGAAUUAUUUGCUAAUGACAGUAACUGUUUCACCCUAAAAAGGAGACAGUCUGCAGUGCAACACAGCAAACUUCUGAGCGGUCAAGUUUCCAAAUUUGGGCUGCCAUCAAUUUUGGUUUCAGAUUUUGUCAGUAGGAGAGUCUUGAGGAACACUUCUAACUAAAGUUUUCUCCUGCUGUUUCCUACAGCAGAGUGAGCAUAAUGGUAAAUGAACUUAAACCAAAUGAAUCUUACUAGUAGAAAGUGUAAAAAUAAGAUUUAAAAAAAAAUAAAAAUUAAAAUAUGGUAUUGGUUUUAUAUGGAUUUGUAUAAUGGGGCAUAAUUCCCUGCAUUUCCACAACAAAAUUCAGGAACUUGCAUAAUGAAAAUGUUUUCUUGAGGAAUCUUAAUUACCAUGCAUUUUCCAUUGGGAUUUUGCAGGUGAUUCUGUUGGGAGGGUUAUUUUAUUGGUAUCCAAUUGGUAGAUUUUUUUUUUAUUUCUUUGCCUUACUGUUCUGCUAGUAAUACUCAUAGCUGCUUGUCCUCAUUGAUAAUUGAAUGAAAAAAAAGGCAGUUUCAUUUUGGCCAGUUAUUCUUUGUACCAGUGUGAUCUUCCUGAUGCUUUCCUACAUAACCAAGUGAAGUUCUGUGUUUUCUUCCCUGCUGUCUCCUCUGCCAACCUCCCUCAUUGCUUUUAGUCCAAUUCAACAUUCCGGUGCUGCACCCGCUCACUGGCUGAAGCCUUUCUGCUCUCAGGUGAUUUAUUUUUUUUUCCAGUUCCAAAAUUACGUGACUAACCCUUGUUGUUUGACAGCAUUUCAUUGUGUGUUUUGGGGGUUGUUUUUUAACUGUUGGAGCAAUCUGUGUGUCUGGUAUAUUAAUGGAGCUUUGGCAUGAUUAUUUAACCUGUUGCUGAAUUCACAGUUCUAGAAAAGGUGAUGUCUGUGCUCUUUGUAGGGAAUGUUUUUCUCUCUGUCUGUGCAUGUCUGCUUCCCUGUGCCUUUAAGGUAAGUUAGGCAAGCCAAGGGUCUCCUGAAAGAACUCGUUAAAGGUGUAUUUCUUUCAAAGAAGGGAAGGAAAGCUUUCCAGUGAGGUGAGGGGUGAUGGCCCAGCAGAUUCUCUGGUUAGCAGGACAGCUGUCUGCACCGAGCUCCCCCAGUCCGUGAGCCAGCAGUGUCUGAGCUCCUCCCUGCCUUCCUCCUGGAAAGGUGUCAGAAGGGUUUCUGCAGAAAAUCAGCCAGAGCCAUGCAGAUUCUGCUCUUCCCUCCAAGUGCCAGCGUAGGCAGCCCCAGAGGUGCCCGUGGUUCUCAGGCUGAGCAGUCAGUGCCCCAGCUCCCAGGGGCUCUGGUUGGGGUGCCUUUAUCACCUGCUGUGUGUGGCACUGGUGAUUGUGUUUCUCUCACUGCUGAGCACUGCCAGCCCUCCCCAGGAGCAGCUCCCACCAGUGUUUUGUGUGCAGGUUUUACACAUUCCCAUUGCUGCCAUCACUGUGACAGUCUAGAAGGGGAAAUGGACCCCAGCAAGAGCUCAGGCUGAGCAGAAGUGCACUCAGGGUCUGGCUGAUGUGCUCAUAGCCCAGCUGAGCAUCCCUCUCACAGGGAAGGGCCUUGGGGAAUUGAUCCCAGGAGCAGUUCUAGGAGGGGCCAAGCCUCCUCUGCCAUCUGUCCCACUUCACACACCUCAGGCAGGAACGUGGAGGGCAGCAGAGCCCCGUGCUCCUUGCCUUGCUGCUCUCUUUGCAUGGCUCAGCCACUUGUGUUUAUUUGUUUGUGUGGUGCUCCUGGAAUGGCUCGAUGGCUCUGACAGUCCCCACACUGUGCCCACACAGAAUCUCUGUCUUCCAAACAUCCCUUCCUGCACUGGGGUCAGGCUCCCAGUGGAUUUCAGGGCUGCAUUGUGUUGUUACAAAGCUCAGCAUGCUUUAAUAUGAAGGUCCUGACAUAAAGGUCUGCCAUUUCAAACCACUUCCUACUGCUGUGUUUUUUACUCUCUGUUGCAGAGUCUUCCUUGCUCUUCCUGCCCAGUGAGGAUUCUGUCCUUCUCCUCCUAAAUCUUCUGUCUUCAUUUUACUUCAUAAUCCUAGCUGAAUAUUUUUAUUAAAUAGUUUUUAACUCUGUAUUUAAAUUUUCACAUGGAAAUUCUGUAUUUUGCACACGAUGAAAAUUGUUCUAGCUUUAUUUAUGAUAUCUGCUGUAAACAAAAAUAAAUGUAGUUCUUUAU